AUGGUAGGAAUGCUGCGUUCCGACGGUCGGUCUUAUCUGGACCUGCGACCGCUGGUUGUAGAGCUUAAUCCUCUUCGUAGUGGUCCGUCGUGUCGUCUGACCGUCGCUGGAUCGGCUGACGGCAGCGGCGAUGAAGGCGAGCCAACCUCAGUACAGGCCGUAAUAUAUUUUUUGGCCGAUAAUCGUAACCGUAACACGGUCGGUGCGUAUCAUAGGCCGACAUUUGAGGUCUACGUGCGUCCUCCUAGAGGACCUGUCAAGGGAUACAUCCGCGGCAUGGAGUGUUUGCUUCUAAAAACAUUGCAGAAUCUAGUGGAUGUGUCGUCACUCGGCAAGGUGUUGGUAUCCGUUCGGAUACAGGUGUUGUCGGAAGGCAGCGGUUUGCUAUCCAUGUGUCUUAACGCGUUGGUAACGUGUGCGAUUAUAUCAGGACUAAAAUUGCACGAGAUUCCUCAAGCCGUGCAGUUCGGAAUCCUGCUUCGGAACGGUUCCGGUGGAUUCAUCGCUGACCCUACCCCUGAAGAGCUCCAAAAAAAAUGUAGCGUGGGUGUUACGAUACUUUGUUCGCCUCAGAGUGGCCGUAUCUUUUUGACUACUGUUGACUACGGAGGUGGUGGAUACGAAGAUUUUUUACAAGAGAGGCUAGAGGAAGCGGCGAAACAGCUUGCAAAGAGUCGCUUAAUCGAUAUCAACAACAAGUAUCGUGAGGCAUUCGGUCCGGCGUCUGUUUCGUUUGAUGCCAAUGGGUCGUAG